CCUUGCAACUCCAAUCCCCAGCCUGGAUGAGGCUUAAACCAGUGGUGAUGGCACCGUGGACCGGUCCAGAGGGAGCCGGAGCAUCACCGGAGCAUCACUGGAGCAUCACCUCCAGCUUUGCCCCCAUCAUGGGAUCUAUCCCCUAUGCUGGUCAUAGCCCCAGAAUGCCCCCCCCAUCCCUCCAUGGGAUGGUUUCUGGCCAUUCAUCACCCUAUUUCAGUGCCAGCACCUUUGAGCUCACAGGAAGCCGUUGGUGGGGCAGAAAGGGGAAGGAAGACAUUGCAAGAGGGAGCAGGGGAAGGGGGGAUGGAGCCCAGAGGCGUGGGGAUGGGCUGGCUCUGCAUGGCAGUGCUGUGCUCCGGAGCUGCUCUCACCCUCAAAGAGGAUUCAGGCCAUGGUGCCGAUGGCCUGGAGCUGCUGACAGACCCCAACACAACCCCUGGGGAUACGGAGGAGCUGACACCGUGGCCAACAGCAUCCCCAGCCCCUCCUUGGAGCAGGGACCCCAUCCCCACCUCCGUGCUGCCCCAAAGGGAUGCUGCAGGCAACAGAACGCGAAACGCACCGGCUCUCCCCAUCAAGUACUGGUCCCCGGCCAUCUUCGUGCUGGUUGCUCUGCUCGUGCUCUUCCUCACCUACCGCUGGACCAAGGGGGAAGGGACCCGGGACCGAGCCUCCUCCACCAACGACUCCUCAGACCUGGGAGCCCUGGAUGCCACCAGCACCCCCAGAGCCGCUGCUGCCCAGGAGGAGAGGGCAGAGCCAGAGAGACCCCGAGCCCUGGAGAGCACUGAAACCACCUUCAGCGGGCAGGACCCCCAGGUACUCACCCCAAUGUACUGAGCCCCAGCGCAGCGG